AUGCGCUCCGCACUCAUCUCCUCGGUACUCGCCGCCCUGGCGCUGCCUCGGGGGCUCCUGGCCGCGCCGUCCACGCCCGCCGUCGUCGAGGCUCUGUCUUUCACGCCUCCUCACAGCACCAACAGCUCUCUCGAGGCUAGGCAGAACACCAUCGACCUAAACAACAUGAAGUAUGCCAUCGAGUUCGCUAAGGCCGCUUACUGCAACAAUGACGCGAGCCAGGUCGGCACCAAGGUGACGUGCGGUAAUAACGCAUGCCCCAGUCUUGGCUUGGCCAACAUCGUCAACUAUGCCCACCUCAAGAUCGAUUUCACCACGGCCGAGGCUGAUGACCUUUGCAGGGGGUGCAAGAUCAGCUAUGGUUACCGCAAGGCCUGGACUCAAACCCAGGGCGCCAUCUUCAACGCCAUUAACCGUGCCCGGGCUCAAUUCCCCGGCUACUACGUCAUCUGCACCGGCCACAGCGCCGGCGGCGCACUGGCCACCAUCUCGGCCGCCUAUCUGCGCCGCGCCGGCAUUGUUGCCGACAUUUUCUCAUUCGGCUCCCCCCGGCUCGGGAACAACGACUUUGCCAACUUUGUCUCGGCCCAGUCGCCUAACCAGGGCCGCAACUACCGCGUCACUCACUACGACGACCCGGUCCCCUCGCUCCCGGCCUCGCUCUUCGGCCUCGCCCACAUCGCCCCCGAGUUUUGGCUCUCGAGGAAGGACGCCUCCACCAUGGACUACCCUCUGAACGAGAUUCAGAUGUGCUGGGGCAUCAAGCCUUCAGGCUGCCGGGCCAGCAAGGGCCUCAGCCUAAACUUCGACGCCCACAGCUUUUACUUCGGCAAAGUCUCGGCCUGCUACCGUGGCUGA